CAACCAUGCUUCUCAUUAUUGAAUACUGAGGCUGGUGAACAUGAGACUACUGGAGCAUAACAUGGUUUGCCUUGGUUGUGGAAAAUCGGUUCGAAAAAUAAGACACCAUUAUGUCAGUAUAGACUCUCUAUUGCUGACUGGCCUAAUAUCACAAAAUACUAUUAAUGUGCCCUCAAGAAACAACUAUGUUUGUCAUGUGUGCUGGAUGCGGGCAAAUAGACAGGCAGUGCAGGACUUAUCACGAAACUUGCAGGUAUUGGGUUCGGACAAUCAACGCAGCAGCCCCUUAUGUUCAAGUAGUUAGCCCACCAGAGCCACCACCAUUACCGCCUGUUUUAACCGGGACGUUUCAAAGGGAAAGUACUACCAUAUUAUUACCCAAUUAUACAGA